UCAAUGUUUUACCAUUGUUUAUGUGGGAAGUUGACAUGAAACGUGUAGGAGAAAUAACAUGCAAUUCUUUGUAGUUUUGAAGUGAGACACUGAAGUGUGCAUUAAUUCAUAUUAUCUUCUAGACUACUUACUCAUAUUAUAGGAGUAAGACUGAAGCAAGGCAGGUGAAAUUGAUCGGAAACAGCUGACAGGUAAGAUCACAAUACUAUUCCUUGAACUGUGACAUGCUGCAUAAAAUGUAGUUUUUGAAAAAUUGGCAAAAUGAUAUAUUAGUCACCAACUAGUGGAACAAAAUCUCAUUUUAUUGAUGUUGAAAUGAAUUCCAUUGAUUAGGAAUAAAUAAGAUUAAUAAUAUAGAUAUAUACUAUAUUAUUUUGCUGAAGUUUAUUUAUGACAUACGUAGUAGUUACCCCAUAGUUUACAAUUAUUCAUUAUAUUUUAUUAUACAUGUAAUAGCUUUCGGGAGCGCGAUCGCCUGUUUACAAUAUAUGGUGCCAUUUUUUGGUCUUUACAUUACACUUUGUACACCAUAUAUUUUUAUGAAAUUACUUUAUAUCACCAAAAAAUGCCACGGUAUGAACAUUAAUUAGUUUUUAAAAAACUUUUUUGAAUGCAUAGAAAUGUUUGGACUUUUGGUUUUAAAAUAUUUUUAUGCCCCCCUUUGAAAAAGGGGGGGGGGGUUAUAAUAAUGUUUUGCAACUGUCGGUCGGUCGGUCUGUAGACCAUGUGUUGUCCGCUCAAUAUCUUUCGACCCCUUUGCUUGAUAACAACCAAACUUGGUACAGAGGUUGCCCCUGGAGAGUAGAUGAUCCUUAUUGAUUUUCAGGUCACAUGGUCAAAGGUCAAGGUCAAACUGCUGGUCUUUACCCCAUGUGGUAGACCAUGUGUUGUCCACUCAAUAACUUUUGACCCCUAUGCAUGAUAACUACUAAACUUGGUACAAGGGUUGCCCUUGGAGAGUAGAUGAUCCCUAUUGACCUUCAGGUCACAUGGUCAAAGGUCAAGGUCAAACCUCUGGUCUUAAGCCCAUGUGUUGUCCGCUCAAUAUCUUUUGACCCCUUUGCUUGAUAAUAGCCAAAAUUGAUACAGAGGCUUUCCUUAGAGAGUAGAUGAUCCCUAUGGAUUUUCAGGUCAUGUGGUCAAAGGUCAAGGUCAAACUGCUGGUCUUAACCCCAUGUGGUAGACCAUGAAUUGUCCGCUCAAUAUCUUGAGAACCAUUCACUUGAUUGUAAUGAUAUUUCAUAUGUGGGUUGGUUAUAAAAAGAAGAGGACCCCUAUUGUUUUUCAGGUCAAAAGGUCAAUCUACUCUGGACAUAGGAAUAUACUGUCUGCUCAAUAUCUUGAGAACCCUUUGCUUGACAGACAUCAGACUUGGUACACUGGUACAUCAUCAGGAGAAGAUGACACCUAUUGAUUUUGAGGUCACAUGGUCAAAGGUCAAGGGUCAAACUGGACAUAGGAAUAUAUUGACCACUGAAUGUCUCAAGAAUCCUUUGCUUGACAGACAUCAAACUUGGUACACUGGUAUAUCUUUAGAAGAAGAUGACCCCUAUUGAAUUUGAGGUCACAUGGUCAAAGGUUAAGGGUCAAACUGGACAUAGGAAUAUACUGUCCCUUCAAUAUCUUGAGAACCCUUUGCUUGACAGACAUCAAACUUGGUACACUGGUACAUCUUCAGGAGUUGAUGACCCCUAUUGAUUUUUAGGGCACAUGGUCAAUCCACUCUUGACAUAACAAGAUACUACUCUCAAUUAAAUGAUAUGUGUGUGUAUAACCUUUUCAAUUUUGCACCAUGGGGAGCAUAUGUGUUUUACAAACCUUUUUUUUUAAAUUUUUACAUUUAUUCAUUUUCUGACUUCUAGUACCGGUACUUGCUUCAAAAAAUUGAAAUUUGAUACAAUUAAAAUUCUAAGAACCCAUAUUUGUGCAUUUUUCUGUUUAAAAAUUUAGCAACAUAUUUAAUUGAUGAUGAUAGUUACUCUUUUAAAAUCCUAUUUAAUAUUCUACAUAUUUUGACUAAAUUGACUAGAAAACAUUUACAUAUAUAUACAAUUGAUUUUUUAAAAAUCGGUGAAACAUAAGCGAAAAAAAAAAAAAUUGUAUGGCACAAAACCAUAAUGUCUAAUUGACUUCACUCUGUUCGCAAAACAAGUUUAUCUCUCGGAUGCGUUUUUAUCAUGUGACUGGGUCUUUUCUAAAAUCUUUAGAAAUGAUACCCGUAUUUCUACUGACACGUAUUUCUCGACUUGUUCGCACGCAUGGAGGAGAAUAUGGAAAUAGAAAGUCUUUGGAAUGAAACCAUUGACGAUAUUAUCUUGUCUCAAGCUUCAAAUGAGAUUGAGUGCGAAUAUUUAUUUGGAGAACUUAGUCUGAGUCAGUUAUCCGUGUUUGAUAUGUGCAAUUUUGAUCUGGAGGAACUUCAUUCAGUGGACAGUGAUGUUGUUUUUUCGAGUUUGUGGGUGGGGUUUGAAGAAAAGUGUGGGUUAUGUACAGAUAACCCACACUUUCAACAAAAGAAAACAUGCCAAACUAUGGUACAAUUCAAAAUACUCAGACUAUUAUAAUGUAUACUGAAUUAUUUCUUUUUAUACCUAUUACGCUGUGCUAUUUGAUGCAAACGUAUUUAAUGCUACAUAUUAUUUCUUUUUGUAUGAAGUCAUUAAUGCAUAUGUAAGAGAUACACUGGGUCCUUGGAAUGAUAAAUACUGGGUGAGGUGACAAGAAAAGCCCAACAUGUAUUUUCAUGGACCCCAUAUAUUUUUCAUAUUAUCCCAGUAAAUAAUUGCUGAGUGAUGAUGCUGGUUUGGAAAUUAGUCUAGCUAACAUGGAGGACAACUCCUGUCAUGCAUCAAUCACAGCAUGUGUAAAUUGUACCACCUUAUUCCAGUGUCAGGUUUACUAGGAGUUCAUUGGAUAUUUACUUUGAAACACGAAAAAAGUCCCAUGUUUAGAUUACAUGGGUGCAUUUCACAAAAGAACUUGCGGUUUACAACCAACUUUUUAUACAUGCAUGUGGAAUUUCCCCAUUUAUUGUAAGAUCAUUCACUGCAAAUACUAAAUAGUAAAAAAAAAUGUUGAAAAUUAAGCCUCAGAAAAGUUUAAAUUCAUUAAUUUAAAGUAAUAAGUGUGUAAUCCAAUUUAAAAGACUUGCGACUUUGUCAUAAGUUGUUUUGUAAAAUGAGUCUAAUGACAUAGUUGGGGUUUGAUGUGAACUAAGAAAACGAUAGGAAAAUGUUCAAGCAAUUUGAAUUAGUGUUUGUAAUUUCUCAAAUUUGUUGAUUGUAGUUUUUGGGGGUGAGAUUUCCCUUGUACCAGCUAGAAAGCUGAGAAUUUAAAAACAUUGUGUGUGCACACUCGAAAAGGCAAUUAUUUUGCAAUGCAGCAAAAAAAAACCAACAAAAAAAAAAACCCACCCACAUAGCACAAAAGGUUUAUACAUAUGUUGUAAUGCUAGUGGAUUUCUUCCUUAAGAUUGUUUUACAGUCAUUUCUUUUAACACCUUUCAGUCAUUAUAAAUAAAAUAUAUUUCAUAAACACAUGUGGCACGAAUUCACCACAUGCUGUACCUUAUACUCCUGGUGACAUAUUAUGUAUUACAAAAGAAGAGAUGGAUGUGAACUUGGUACUUAAAAGCUCUUAGUACAUGUAAGAACAGGGAUAAGCCAAUUAGACAGGCGAUGGAAUACACUGAUACUUGAGACUAUUAUUUUGCCUGGUUUUCUUUUUUUAUCAUGACCUCGGCCCAGACCCUAGUCAUGAUUGGAGUGUCUCAGAAAACCCCUCUAAUUUGUGAGGAGGAACAUUUAGCAGAAAAUCUCAGUAAACAGAACACUGUGCUUAUACCCAGCAAGGAAUUCGGCAAGAGGAAGUUCAUUCAUGUUGGAAGCAGUAGUAGUCUGAAAUCAACAGGGAAACAGAAAUCUUUAGAAGGAGGAGGUAUUGAGGAGGAUAAUACUCCCCAAGUUCUCACCAUGAAGUCAGCUCUAAAACAAUGGGUGCAUCCCCCAGACAAGCUCCUCACGGGACACAUAGUGUACAAUGUCAAGUUCUUGGGUGAAUGUGAGGUAGAAAGUCCAAAAGGCACAGACAUAGUGAAAGACGCCAUCAGGAAACGAAAGUUUAAGAAACAUAUACGUAAAGCAGAGGGCCAGAAAACACCCCGUGUGGAGCUGACAGUGUCAGUGGAUGGAGUCACAGUUCAGGAUCCCAAAACCAAAGCAUGUAUGCAUCAAUAUCCCCUACACAGGAUUUCAUACUGCGCAGAUGACAAAACGGAUAAGCGCAUGUUUACAUUCAUUGCCAAAGCUGCAGACUCAAACAUGCAUUACUGCUAUGUGUUUGACAGUGAAAAGUGUGCAGAAGAAAUCACCUUGACCAUAGGUCAGGCAUUUGACCUUGCUUACAGACGAUUCCUAGAGAACUCUGGUCAAGAUCUAGACACAAAGAAGCAAAACCUAUUCUUACAAAAAAAGGUUCAGGCAUUAGAACAGGAAAAUGCAGCUUUAAAAAGAAGAAUCCAAGAGCUAGAAAAUCUGAAAGGAGUGGAACCAAGUCAGCCGAUGUAUGUGAAUACUCGUAGCAUUGAAAUAGUUGAGGGGUCAGUCACCAAUUCAUCUGACAAUGCUGCACACCCAUCAGGUGUGAAAAUGGACCAUUCCAGUCCACAAGAUGAUAGUUCAACUGAAAAUUUCUUUUUUGAUGGUUUUUCACCUCAACCCUCAGUGGGUCGUAGAUUAGAGAACUUGAUUUUGGAUGACAAACCAGCUCAGGCAAAUGGCACCUCCGCCACCAAUGGAUCCACUCCUGCAACACCUGUGAAAGGCCUCUUGUCUCCGCCUCCUAGAAGUUCAAGAUCACAAUCUCAGCUCUUGUCUGCAAAGUCAGGAUCAGCAAACCCUUUUUCCUCUCCAGGACCAUCUCAAUCAGGUGUUGACCCAUUUGGAAUGACCGCUUUUACCCCCACAGAACCAGGAUCCACCCCAAAGACUAGAACGGAGAGCAGCAGUGAAAGGGAACUUAUGGACAUGCAGGUGGGAUUUAGUGCUGGACUCUCCUUUGGAACAGAAGACUUCUCAUUGGCUGACUUUGACCCAUUGAAUCUGAGUUCAUGAUGGGAUGUGCCAAUCAGAGCAUUGAUGUGAUAUUUCUGCAUUGAUAGAGAAAACAGAUGCAUUAUCUGUCAGUGUACAUGCCUAGUCCUUUGUUAUUCUGAUGGUUUAUAGUGUGAAUUCAGGUUCAAAUAACUGUAUCGUAGUUUAGCUUACCAAAGGUUAACUUCAUUCCAAAAUAAAUUGUCAUUUUGCAAUUACAAUGCCGAAUGGUGUUUCAUGUGAAAGAGAUUUGAACAAUGUCAGUAAUCAUAUAUUUCUUCAUGUGUUUGAUAGUAUUCUUUUCUGUUUACUUGCUGAUUUUUUAUAUGUAUUCAUAGAAAUUUAUUCAGAGUCCAUUAAUGACACAAUGAAUUAUAUGUCGUUUGAAUUGGUAAGAUUCGGAAUACAUAUUGCUACAUAACAUUCAGGUACAUUUUGUGUUGUAUAAUUACUGUUCAUUCCUUUACCUUUUUGUAGAGCUGUACAUUAUAAAUCGACAUGUACUAGAUCGACAAGAUUUAAUGAUGGGUGUACAAAACAGGUUCUACUGUUUUUCAUUGAUUAAGGAUUGAAGAAUUCGUAAUGUGAUGAUGCAAACUGCACACAAAUUAUGCAUAUGGGACCACAAUCAUAUUUGUAUGUUUUUCAGUCAUUGCUAUACAUGUACUUGCAAUAUCAUUCGCUUGUAUAAAUCAUUCAUUUCACAUUAUUGUUGGUAUGGUAUAGUGGAAAUGCAUAAAAUGCAAAUUAUAUAGAUCUAUACAUAUUUCUGUAAGUCGGCCAAAUAAAUUCAUUACAACGAAA